UUUGCUCUACAUAGUUUUUUCAAUAAACUAAAGGUACUCAUAUUAUAAAAAGAAAAGAUUUUGUUUUCAAAAUUAUUUUACCUACUUUAUUAUAUUUUAUUUUGUUAAUAAGGAAACACAUUUUUCUCACGAUUUCUUUGACUGAUAUUGUAACAAAUUUACCAAAAGAAUUUUUAUCUUUUAGUUCUAUACGGUGUCAUGUAGCCAAGAAAAUGGAAUACUUGGACCGGAUGUAUUCGGCACAAAACCCGAAUUAUUUCGGCGAAUACAAAUAGUGAAAAAGAUGCCGAAUAAAUAGAAUACCGAAUCCCAAACGAAUAUUCGGCGCAUCUCUAAUUGAGACCUUUACUCUUUGCUUUGUUUACUUGUACUUGCCUUACGGCUGAAGGCCAUGGAAGAAGGUGCCGGUAAAACCUUUAAAAAAAAAAAUUGUACUUGCCAUAGAUUUAUUAAUUAUUUAUCUCAGGUACUUGCUAUUGCUUGUUGGUUGUGUCAAGUUUGUGGUUUUACUGUUUGCACGGUUCCCAACUUAGGGGUUUUCCCCCCAAAUUUAGGGGGUAAAUGAGUGGGAUGGGAUUUUUUUGGGGGUUUUAUAUGUUUAGGGGUAUUUUUAGGGGUUUUCUGAAUACAUAAUAUUCUGUAAUUCUGAAUCUAACAGAACUAUUAAAUCCAAUAAUAGUCAUUCAAAUAUUUUUUUUACCCAUUGAAUGACUUCGAACUGGAUAACAUCUAAUGUAAUUAGAAUGGUGGAUCAUGCUCUACAUUUAAUCCAUCUUCAAAAAUGUUAAGUUUAUGUAAUGUGAAUAUAUAUGAUUUUAAAAAUGCGGUUCUUCAGAAGAUAUUGAUAUAAAAUAUAACUAUACCGUUUUAGAUAAUAUAUUAAUAAAGAAAUAUUACUACAUAUUACUUUUAUUUUAUAUAUUAUUUUUAUUAAAUAUAUUUUUAGGGGAAUUUUCAAAUAAUUGAGUCAUUUUUAGGGGGUUUUGACUUAGAUUUAGGGAUAAAUAUUUUUGAGAGUUGGUAACACUGACUGUUUGUGUAUUUGUGUUUGUAUGGGGUUUUGUUGAGAUUUAAUGUUUAUAAAGCAUUUAUUUCACUAAUUCUCUGAAAAGCAAAAGAUACCCGACAAACUUCCAAAAUGUCUCAAAGUAUGUAAAAAAUAAAAAAUAAAUCUCAUAGUUUUUUUAAUUAAAAAACCGGUUAAUAAUUGUAAAUGAUAUUUGCAGAUUCUGAAAAACCAACAAAUCAAGAUGUUACAGACCCGACAGGACCAGCAGCACGUAAAGGUGUACUCAUAUCCUUGAGAACAGGGAAAACAAUGGAAAUCCCUGAAAAAGACAUACUUGGCAGAUGUAGAUUUGUUGGUGAAUUUGAGAAACUUAAUCGUAUUGGUGAAGGAACCUAUGGUAUUGUUUAUAGAGCAAAAGACAAAUUAAAUGGCAACAUAGUUGCACUGAAAAAAGUCAGAAUGGAUGUAGAGAAAGAUGGAUUGCCUUUGAGUGGUCUUCGUGAGAUACAAGUUUUGAUGGCUUGCCGACAUGAAAACAUUGUUCAGUUAAAAGAAGUACUUGUGGGUCGUUCACUAGAAAGUAUUUUCCUAUCAAUGGAAUAUUGUGAACAAGACCUGGCAUCUUUGCUUGACAACAUGUCAUCACCUUUCACCGAGUCUCAAGUUAAAUGCCUGAUGUUGCAAGUACUAAAAGGGUUGAAGUAUCUACACUCCAAUUUUAUUGUACACAGAGAUUUGAAGGUUUCAAAUCUCCUGUUGACUGAUAAAGGAUGUGUUAAAAUAGCUGAUUUCGGUCUGGCUCGAUGGCUUGGCGCGCCGGCCCGUAGCGCCACGCCACGUGUCGUAACUCUCUGGUACCGAGCGCCCGAGCUAUUGUUGCAAGCGCCGCGACAGACGCCCGCGCUAGACAUGUGGGCCGCUGGAUGUAUACUGGGCGAAUUACUCGCCAAUAAGCCUCUACUGCCUGGUAGGACAGAGAUUGAACAGCUGGAGCUCAUUGUUGAUUUGUUAGGUACGCCGUCAGAUGCGAUCUGGCCAGAGUUCAGUUCUCUACCCGCACUUCAGAAUUUCACCUUGAAGCAGCAGCCUUAUAACAACUUGAAGCAGAGAUUCCCCUGGCUAUCAGCGGCUGGACUUCGUCUGCUGAAUUUCCUGUUCAUGUACGAUCCUAAUAAGCGAGCUACUGCUGAAGAGUGUCUGCAGAGUUCAUACUUCAAAGAGCAACCAUUACCGUGUGACCCAAAGCUCAUGCCGAGCUUCCCUCAGCAUCGUAACAUGAAAGGUCAGCAGAAGAAUUCUUCAAACCAGCUAAAUAUUCCAUUGUCCAAUUUGAACACUGGUGCCAACGACCAAACCAACAAUUUGCCCGCCAUCUCUGAUCUCCUAGGUUCAUUAGUCAAGAAGCGAAGACUAGACUAAUAUUUAUGUGUGAUUUAAUUUUAAUUCUAUAAUAAAGGACAUACAAACAAAUAUAAAAAUUUGACACAAAUUACAUUGUUUUAU